CCGUUUAUCCUAUUAUCUUGAUUGAUAUCAUCAAGGAAGUAUUUUUUGUUUUUUGUAGAUGCAAAACGGAAAAAUAUUCAGAAAAAUUGCCGAGUACAUCGGUAAUAAUUUGUUUCCAUAAUGAAGCAUGGUCAGUAUUACUCCGAACAGUACAUAGCGUCAUCGAAAGGACACCAAGCAAUUUACUCACAGAAGUGAUUUUGGUUGACGAUUUUUCGAAUAUGGAACAUCUGAAGAAGGACUUAGAAGAAUAUAUGGCGACAUUGAAAAAGGUACGUAUACUAAGGAUGGAGAAGCGUGAAGGUUUAAUUCGAGCUCGUUUAAAAGGUGCGGCUGUUGCAAAGGGACCGGUGAUAACAUUUCUUGAUUCACACUGCGAAUGCAUGGAAGGUUGGUCAUUUAUUCACUCCUGA